UACUGUAUAUAACUUUAUAUUAAAUCGGCGAAAAUCUCUACAUGAUUUUUUUAUGAUAUACAAGAUAAUAGAUCAUAUAGUUUUUUGUUGCAAACAUAUAUGAUUUUAUAUAUUUUAACCAUAUAUUGUUUUUUCAUACGGGGAAAUUAACAAAUUGAUAAAUUUACAUUUUUACAGAUAAAUCGCUUAGAAAUUUAACGAAUUAUUGAAUUGAACAAAAAAAAAAAAUGUCAUAUCAACUGUACAGGGCAACUACGAUAGGAAAUGCUCUCCAAGAAAGUUUAGACGAAUUGAUAUUAUCAGGUCAAAUAACAAGUCAACAGGCGUCAAAAGUUAUGCUGAGAUUCGAUAAAUCUAUUAGUCGGGCAUUGGGAACUCGGGUCAGAGCUUACAUUUCAUUGAAAGCCGGCAAAUUGAUUUCUUACAGAUUCUGUGACAAUGUUUGGAGUCUUGUAUUGAAAGAUGUCGAGUUCAGAGGAAUUGCGGAAGACUCAACUUUUCACGCAGUUAAAAUAGUUGCUUGUGAUGGCAAAGGGAUAGAAAGUGAUGAUGCGAAGCAAAAGUGACGUUUAGGUCAAUAGAGAGUUAAAAUAAAAAUUUCAAUGGUAGUGUAAAUUUUUCGAG